UCAUGAUGGAUUACUUCAGGUUACCCAGCUCAGCUCGACCGAACAACCUCGCCCGUCCCCGGCGCCGGCGGCUACCAAAGCUUCUUCUCCCUCCCGCCUCCAAGUCGAUCGAUUGUUCAGGAAUUAGCCUAGAUUGACGAUGGAUCCUUCAGAGAAGAUUAUUCCCCAAAGGCUCGACCACGACAAGAAACCACGCGUGGUUGGCGGGACAUGUUCCCCAGCACCGACUUCGGCGUCGGUGUCCAAGGUGCUCGGCGGUGAUGACCUCCUAAUCGAGAUCCUGCUCCGUGUCAACUUCCCCACCAGCCUAGUCUGCGCCGCCCUGGUGUGCAGGCGGUGGCUACGGCAUGCAUCUGACUCCGCAUUCCUCCGCCGUUUCCGCGAGCUGAACCCACCCUGCAUCCUCGGCUUCUACACCAACCCCUGGACACCACAGCGAACUCCACGUUUCUUCCCGAUGCUGCCUCAGCCUCCAGAGCUUGCCGCCCUAAUCCGUCGAGCAACCUCUUGCUUCGACAAUUACCGAAGAGUACCAGCACUGUCGACCUACAUCUCCGACUGCCGGAACGGCAACAUCCUCUUCUCCCAAAGUGGAGUCAUGAGGGGAGUGCUCAGCCUGCGUUGCUCUGAGAGAGGCAUGGCCAUCGUCCCAAAAUUCCCACCGCCCGAAACCGACAAGUUCUACAGUUACUGUCCAAUCCUCUCAAAAGAAGAUGAUGACAGCCUGUCUUACUUGGCUGUGUUGGUGCAGUCUACCACGGAAUGUUCUAUGGUGGAAAGAAAACAUACAGUGCACGUAUAUAUGCUGCGAGAUGGUGUCUGGUGCAUGCUCAACUCUGCCAUAGGCCAGAUCCCCCCUCCUUGUUUGGCACCAAAACCCGUGAUCAGCAGCGAUAAAAUCUAUAUGCCAUCUGGCAAGAGCGAUGUUGUUGUCUUGGAUUUGACGGCCUCAUGUUACUCCAUAAUUCAUCUACCACAAGGUGUUGAGUAUGGCCUUAAAAACACCAUGUUUUCGCGGGCCAAGUGUGCUGCUGGCGUAUAUCUCGUCCAGAUCAAGGAGCUCCAACUUUGCAUCUGGCUCCACGAGAGUGACAGCUGGUUGCUAGUGGACACCAUUUUCUUGGGUGACACGUGCCCUAGUUUGAGCAUGCUGAGUUGCAAUACUUCUCCGAAAAUAAAAAAUGUGGAGGAUAAUGCCGAGUUUAUGCUCUUGGAGAUGGAUGGGUGCUUGUUUUACUUGGACAUCAAGUGCAGGGCAAUACACAAAGUGUAUGAGAUAACAAAUAAUGAACGAGGGUUCGGUGAAGUCUACCCUUUUAUGAUGAUCUGGCCCCCCACGUUCCCUUUGCUCAAGGAUGAUCCAUCAAGGUUUGCCUCUGGGAAUUUAUAUGUUUUCAAUAUAUACUGCUCUUGUUAAGGAUUCAAAUAUUUGCAAUGUGCCUUGGGUUUUUAUUUUUCCUAUUUAAUCCUUUGUUUCCAUUUGUGCUUUGAGUGUUGAAAUAUGUAGGUUUCAUCAACAGGUCAUUGCAAUCCAUUAGUUGUGGACGCAAUGCAUUGUCACACUUACAAUCCUUAUAAGUUUAACUAUUCGUUCAGUAAUCAGCACAUUGUUUAGUAUAGCUCUACAAAUAUCGGCGAUAGGUAUAUGAUUGACUCCAUAAGACAUUUUUUUGGAAUACUAGUUAAGCAACAUUUGCGAUGCUUUUCAGACCCAUAAGAUGAUUACAAACGCUACUGUUCAUGUUGUACAAGCACAAUUUCUUUGGACAAGGAAAAGAUGUCCAUGCCAAGUGCUGUUGCACUAUUCAUGUUGUACAAGGAAAAUUUCCUUGAGCAAUUGUAUUAUUGUUCAUUGGGGCAACUCUACCAAUGGUGCAAUUGUCUCCAGCUUUCUUGUCAAUUCUCUUAAUUCAUUGAUGCUUAAUUGUGUCCAUCUUGAUCCUUGAUGGUUCCCUCUUCUUUGUAACAGAAAUGCCACGUGAAGAAUAAGCAUGGAUGGAUGAUAAAGCACUUAGUUUUACUUUGCCAUCUCUCUGGCUCUGGUUUCAAUCCUUUCCAGACUUUAAAGCUGAUUCUCAUGCUCAUGGUGAUAUAUGUCUUAUGCUGAUUUUAUGCACCUUAUUAUAUCCCAUG